UGCACAACGCGCGCAGACAAGAGGAUCUCGCCAAAGCAGAGGUUGAUGCGUGGAACGAAAAGCACUCUCUCAAGAGCUCCGUCAAGCCGGCCUACACUAAGAUGCCUGAUGAGGAGGUUUGUGAUAAUGACAAGGACGAUCGGACCAAGCUAACUAUCUAGAUGUUCUUCAUGAGCCUCGAUGAGCCUACCAAACAAUACCACAAACCUCCCUCGGAAGACUCUCAACACAUUGACCUCUCACACAAGCGUGGCGUUGUUGACAGACGUUUGAUCAAUCUUGAGAGAAACCUAAGAAUUGCAACACUCUCUGAGGAUCGUCAGAGAUAUGAGGAGGAGAAGACUCAGAAGACUCAUGAGAGGGACAUGCUAUCGCUGAAGCUUGAGAUACGCGAGAUAGAGUUGAACAAGGUCAUGAAGGAUGCUGAGAAGAAGAAGCACAUUGAGCAGUUGAAGGAGCAGGUGACUGUAGGUGAACGCAAGGAAGCUGAACGACUUUUGCACAGCCGAGAUGCUACGCCGCAGGCAUCAUGAUUAGCAGAUAUGCGAUUGGAAGAGGGCAGAUGGGGCAAGGGUAAGACCAACCUUUAAAAAUUAAGUUUUCUCUUUAAGGAUGCCAAACUUGCAAUGCAGUUGUAGAAUUUGAAUAUACUCUUCUAAAUUUUAAUCUAAG